UGGAAGAGCAGCGACACCUAGGUCCCGUCCUCUCUCCACACGCGCCAAGAUGUCGACGAUAGGGAAGCGCAUGUUCAAGAUGAAGGAGAAGCUCCUGGCCAUCCGCAUCGGGCCAGGAGCCGCAGUGCUCCCGAAGGAUGUCUCGCGCAUCCGGAUGCGCUUUGCGCGGAAGAUUGACGAUGGGCACCGCGGGCCUAAGCACUUCUGGCGGGAGUACAUGCCGCGGCUCAAAUUCCGCAACCCCGCCAUCCCCAUGACAGUCGACCGCAACGCCGCGCAAUCCGACCCCGCAAUCAUGAGCGUGUACUUCAGCACGCCCUCGACAAACUCGCCCUCCCAAGCCAAAGACACAGCGCCCACCUCGUCCACGUCCUCCGACACCGCGACCUCAAAAUACAAGGCGUCGCAGCGCGUCGUCGAGAUCCAGAUGAAGCACCGCUCCGAAGACGAGAUCUUGCAGCGCUUGUACGAGGUCACGAACGCCGAGGUCGUCAAGCCCACGGAUACCGAGACGGAGGAGCUGAGGGAGUUGGUCGAGAAGAAGGAACGUAGUCGCAGGGAUAGCGAGAGGCAGGCUGCUAUUAAUAGGCAGCGGAAGAGGGAGGCCGAGUUGUUGGCUGCGGCGAGGGGCGAGAUCAACGCUUAGGUUGGGGUGCGUGCGUGUGUGUGCGAUGGUGGUGGGUUGGGCUGGCACGCCGUUCCUGGGAUAUGGAACGAACGCUUGGUGCCAUGGGAGUUCGAGGAGGGGACUGACGGACUGACUGAUUGUGCAUGACACUGGCAGCGGCGGCAGAAAAGCCAUUGAGUUUUUUCUUUUUUUUGGCGUGGAAAAAGACAGACGAUGCUCCCGUCUGCCUAUUGUACCAUAGCUGUGAAUAACAAAAGCAGAAACGAGUAUCCUGCCA